GCCCUCUCUCUUCUCCUCACUUUCCUACUCCCACUUUUCUCCACAACCUUCCCCAUCCCUGCCUCUCUCCGCCUUUCUGUUGUCACUUUCACAUCCUCUGUUCUAGAUGGUCUUCAUUUCUGGAAAAGUUCUUGUUUGUAAGAAUUUCUUAGUUGAUUCUUCUUGGAUUUUUAGGUGAAAAAAAAAUCAAAUAUGCUGCAAACAAUGGCUCUCCCACCUGUCACCCUGGCCCUUCUCUGCUUGGACGGCGUCUUCCUCUCUCCGAUCGAGAAUGAUUUUGUGCACCGCGUCCAGGAGGAGCUGGACCGCUUCCUGGUACAGAAGCAGCUGUCAAAGGUACUCCUUUUCCCCCCACUCUCCAGUCGCCUCCGGUACCUGAUCCAUAGGACAGCAGAGAAUUUCGACCUUUUGAGCAGCUUCUCUGUUGGGGAGGGCUGGAAGAGGAGGACGGUCAUCUGUCACCUGGACGUCAGGUUACCCAGUUCAGAUGGACUCUCUGGCUCCUGCCGCCCUCCUGCCUCCCGCCCUAGCAAGUACCAAGGUCCUCUGCCUACUUCAACCCGGGGAGCGGCUGCUGGUCCCCGAGGGGCCCGGGCCGGCAAGUGGCAUCGAGGACGCAAGCCAGACCAGGCUUUGUAUGUGCCCCGGGUCCUACGCAAGCAAGGAGAAUGGGCUCCACCUCCUACCCCGGGGCUCAAGGAUGACCCUCCAGCGGGCAGGCUCCUGGAAGAGCCUGGAGAUGAUGGUGCUGGGGACCCCAGCUCUGAUCAGGAACGCCCUGUGUUGAUGACUCAGGCAACAGAGGACCUAAAGAGCCUGGGCCAGGGUUGUGAAGAAAAGCAGCUGGGCACUGAGCCCUCAGGGCCUGGGGACCACUCAGGGACAGGAGACAGCCUGGAGACAGCCACCCAGCUUGAGUCUAGUCUUCAUCUGGACGUGCAAGAGGGGAAUGGCAGUGAGCUGGAGAAGAGCCUGGCAGCAGAGGAGAAAGAAGAGGAACAAGAGGUAGAAGAGGAGGGGCCUGGCAGCUGCUCCGAGGACGAUUACAGUGAGCUGCUGCAGGAGAUAAUGGACAACCUGACGGAGAAGGAGAUUCAGGUAGAGAAGAUCCACGUGGACACGUCCUCCUUCGUGGAGGAGCUGCCUGGAGAACAAGAUUUUGCCCACGUGGUGGAGAUCUAUGACUUUGAACCAACACUCAAGACUGAGGACCUGCUGACAGCAUUUUCCGAGUUCCAAGAAAAGGGGUUCAAGAUUCAGUGGGUGGACGACACGCACGCACUCGGCGUCUUUCCCUGCCUGGCCUCAGCUGCUGAAGCCCUGACCAAAGAUUUCUCAGCACUUAAGAUCCGGCCCCUCACACAGGGAACCAAGCAAUCAAAGCUGAAAGCAUUGCAAAGACCAAAGCUCUUGCGUCUGGCGAAAGAGAGACCGCAGACAAAUACAGCAGUGGCCCAGAGGCUGGUGGCACGGGCCCUGGGACUUCAACACAAAAGGAGAGGACGGCCUGCAGUUGAGUCUCCUGCUCCCCCGGGGCCCUGAGAGGCCCAGCCAGCCUGGAUGGGUGCCCCCAAGACAAGCUGGUGGCCCAACACCACAAGCCUUUCCAGAGACCAGAACAGCCCUGCGUCUUCGUUGGAGCGUUACUGUGGGGCAUGGUGAGCCCCAGUUUGCUUUAGUUCCGGAAACUGAGAAAAAAAUAAAAACGUCAAAGUUG